CCCGCCGUUUCGCUGAGAACAAAGCUUCAUUAGCAUCAACGAGAAAAAUUUCGCAAUUUUAUAUUUCUAGUUUUGCACUCCUUUGCAAAUCGGAUUUUUAUCAAAUUUGAUGCAAGGAAAGUUUUUUUGGUAAAUUUUAUUCAAAAGGGUGAGGCUUCAGCAUGAAAAUGAGGCCAGACCGCGCAGCCGCCUUAAGCAACUUGCUGCAUUUGUUGUUUAUGUGUCGCUUCAGUGAAGGCCGCAGCUGAGAGAGACGAAGGUGACAGGCGAAAUCUGGUUCCAUCUUGGUGUGAAUGAUCGCAGCUACCGGCCGUUACUCUCAGUCGUAUAUUUCAGGGUCUUUGGAAGAUGGCAAGCCAAGAUGGGAAGUUGCCAACGUCGGAUAGAGUACUCAAAAGUAAGCUUCCAGAAAAUCGCUGAUCUUGCCAACCGUUGCUUCGAUAGCCGCCAUUUUGCCUUGGUAAUACAUGUUUUUUAAUUCUUCUUCUUUCUUAUUAUAGCUGUUCCUAUGCCACCGAUCGAACGCCUCGCGAUCAGCGAUGUUUUCGACACGAAUGGAAAACCAAAAGCCGAUGUGUUGAAGAGUCAUUUCUUAAAAGAGGGAAGAGUAGAAGAAGAGGUUGCUCUUAAAAUCAUACAGGAUACCACGGAACUUUUACAAAGAGAGCCUACGAUGCUGGAUGUCGAAGCACCUAUAACAGGUAGGCAAAUUAGCCGUUUGUAUUUUGCUGGUAUUGACUCAAAGUUCUGGAGCAGGUCGCACGCGUAGAUAAGAGUUCGAGAAGUAACCAUCGCUGUUGUUUUAUUUGUCUUUCCAUCUUCUGUAGUUUGUGGUGAUAUUCACGGUCAGUUUUACGAUUUAAUCAAAUUAUUCGAAGUCGGAGGAUCACCAAGUUCGACAAGAUACUUAUUUCUUGGAGAUUACGUGGACAGAGGGUAUUUUUCAAUCGAGGUAAGCGUAUUACCUUCUAAAACUGUUACGUUAUCAGCUUGAUUUUGAAACGCUUAAGUACACUUUCCCUUCGUUGUUCGUAACAAAACAUAAGGUUAUCCUGCAUGAGACAAGGCCUGCCUCCGUUUUAUCGCCUUAGAGAUAUAAAACGCUAUCAAUCUGUAUUUAAUAUCAUUUUUCCGUUGUUUCUUCUGCAGUGUGUUUUAUACCUAUGGGCGUUAAAACUCCUUUAUCCCAAUACUCUCUUUAUGCUCCGUGGAAAUCACGAAUGUCGUCACUUAACAGAAUACUUCACCUUCAAAACAGAAUGUAAGUGUCUUUGUUCUGAUGUAGAGAAGCUUAAAAUUCCCUUUAAUUCCCAUUUUAAGAUUUCUUAUUGCACGAUCUGUAACCAACCGAGGCUUGCAAUCGAUCAAAACGACGACGCCUUCUAGAACCCCGCACAAGAGUAAUUAUUUUAUCGAACAAUCAAUCGUCGUUCCAAGGUAGAGCUUCCUUUGAAGAAAUUUCAAGUAUCAUUUGUGAACAAAUUCACGCCGCCUGUAUCUGUUCUGUUCUAUAUUUAUUCUUGGUCAGGUCGCCGUGGAACUUUGAACCUUUCUUGAGAUUUUUGCUUUACAUAGACCCGUUGGAUUUUCAUGAAUAAAUCAUAAAGUUGCGCUUUUAAAAUUUACAUCUUUAUUGUGGUCAGCGAUGGUUAAGUGCGAAGUAACAUUAAAAAGAUCUUUUUUUUUUCCACGAAUUUAGAUGUCAAGCAAAGGGCGAGAAAUCUCGGUUUACCCGUUUGUUAUUGAUAUUUUGAUGUCACGAAAUAUUUCCUCGCCACAAAUUCGAGAUUUUUCAUCGGAGUACCUAGCUGGAGUGCUUCUUUGUUGUUCCUCACUGUUCACCUUUUGUAGUAGUAUACUGACUCUGCCAUCAUUUUAUAUUUUUACUCCUUAAAAUUUUUCCUUGGCAAGAAUUUGCAAUUAUGAACUUUGCAGGGUAUGAUUAUGACAGUAUUUAAUCAGACGGGAUGCGUGAAUUUUUCUGUUGAUUGAAAAACAGGUGUUAAAUUGAAACAUUGUUUAUCACAUAUCUAGCUUGGGACAGCUUGAAGUAUCACAACAACAAUUCUGCUAUCAGCAGUACCUUCUUUGUGGAGGAAAACGUGACCUAAAUUGGGGUUUAAUUCGUUUUAAUCACAAUGGAUGCAAUUCAUUCAGUGGUCUUCACAAGGUUCUUCUGAGAGAACUCCUAAAUAAUAUCAAUGAUAAGGAAUAUUUAUACAGGGUAGCCCUUCAAAACAUAAGUGCUGUUAUCAAAGGGAUCCUGUUUAGAUAAAUAUAAAUAAAAACUUAAAAUGUGAUGAUAACUUUAUAACUUAUGCCAAAACAGCUGAGGCAAACCUACAUCCAUUAACUACGCUUUACAAAACAUUCAUAACAAGAGUUCCUUACCUAAAACUUACUGUUAUUCUACUUGGUUGUUAAGGUAAAGAGUUAGGGAUGAAGUAACUAAAAAUAAAUAAAAAAUAAAACUGACAAGCUGUCAUAUUACAGCCUGUUAGUUUCUUGAAUGUAAUUAAACUUGAACAAGUUUGAUAUCUUGAAAAUUUCACCCCAAAUUUUUGACAAAAUGAUUUCUUUCUGGCAUUCUGUGUUCCACAUAUUUUAUGUUUAACUUUGAAACACUAUCUUCUUACAGGCAAGAUCAAAUACACAGAAAAAGUGUAUGAUGCUUGCAUGCAGUCAUUUGAUUGUCUUCCUUUGGCUGCUCUGAUGAACAGACAAUUUCUCUGUGUGCAUGGUGGAUUGUCCCCAGAGAUCUAUAGCCUAGAUGACAUAAGAAAGGUGAGAGCAUAGCUAGAUUUAUUAGUAACUCUCAUUACUGUCUGUCGUACAAUUCUAAUGAGGUUAGUUUGGAGAAUUUGGUUUUGGAUCAACCAUUCAUUCCCCAAUAUUGAAAUUUUUCAUUAUUCUCAUCACUUGUGUGCUUAAUAUUGUUUUGAUAUUGUAAGACAAAUUCUGUCCUGGUUGCUCAUGGGAGUUAAAGGGUUAAAUAUACUGAUCUUUCAAGUUCUGUUGGAAGCUAGUCCUUGGUAUCCUCAGUUUGAUGCAACAAUAUUAUUCUGUUUUGAAUCAAGAGCUCAUUCAAGGGUUAAUUGAGCAUCAGGGAAAGCUUUUUGUGUCAUGAGUAGUAGAGGAAUGUAUUAACAGAAAUGAACUCUUUGCAGAUUGAUAGAUUCACUGAGCCCCCAGCCUUUGGUCCAAUGUGUGAUCUUCUGUGGUCUGAUCCUUUGGAAGAUUACGGCAAUGAGAAAAACAGUGAGCAUUACAGUCACAACACAGUCAGAGGGUGUUCAUACUUCUACAGGUAAUUUGUUCUGCUUCAAUAAAUGGGUAGAAGAUCCUUUUAAUUGAAGAGCUUGUAGUAAUUUUUUUUGUCUUUUUAACCAUGAUCUUCAACUCUUGCAUGCUCAAGUUCCAUCUAAAAUUAUAAAGUGAGGCCUGAUGGAGGUUUUAUCAUAGCAUUAUUCUGUUGGGAAGUACAGUACUUCUGCACUUGAAACAAAGACUCAGUGUAAACAUUACAGGAAUGCAACCAUACCAUAAGCUUAAUGACCUGACCUGAGUAAUUUUUGAUAUGUGUAAUUGGGUAUUUGACAUAUCACAGAGAGUUUGAUAAUUUUGUUUGAAGACCAAAGUGCUAAGAUUCCUUGUGGGCUAGUUGUUGAAUAGACAAAGAGCAUUUCUGUUGUUUCUUUUUCUGUUUGUAUCUUUGUAUCGUAAACCUCUCAUUGUUAUUGUGUUUGUACUUUAUUUAUAGUUACCAGGCAACCUGCGAUUUCCUCCAAAAGAAUAACUUGCUUUCAAUAAUCAGAGCACAUGAAGCACAGGAUGCUGGGUAAGUAACAGGAGUUGUCAUCUCCCUGAGUUUUGUCAUUGUCCUUUCUAGCAUUAUUUAUUAUUCCAGAAGAUAUUUAUGUGACUAAGGACUAGUCACAAGAAUCCUUUAACAUUUCAAAUUGCUAAUCAAACAUAUUGGAACAUUCAGGUACCGAAUGUACAGGAAAAGUCAAGAAACUGGGUUUCCAUCUCUCAUCACAAUUUUUUCAGCUCCCAAUUACCUGGAUGUCUACAAUAACAAAGGUUUGUAAGACGAUAACAGGUGAACUUCAAGUUGAGAAACUGCUUGCCAUACUUUUCCAUGAAUAUGAAUUUAUUGACUUGUUUAUAUUUUCAGCCGCGGUAUUGAAGUAUGAAAAUAAUGUGAUGAAUAUCCGACAGUUCAACUGUUCUCCUCAUCCUUACUGGCUUCCAAAUUUUAUGGAUGUUUUUACAUGGUCUUUGCCGUUUGUUGGUGAGAAAGGUGAGUCUUAUAUUGCCGAAAUUUUUACACUUGUUGAUGAUGCAUUGUCAUUACUUUCACAUUGCUUCUCUUCACUCUGUGGGAUGAAUGGAUUUUGGUGAACUGUCAAUGUACUUUAAAAAAUGCUUGUAGGUAUCUGCUGUGGAGUAGCAUCCCAACUGGGGUGGUAGAUAGAACCUGAAAGGGUUGUCACUAAGUGCUGGCUGCCAGAAAAAUUUGGUGGACAAUAAAGCAGUGAUCAUAGGCUGGACUUUUUGCAAUAAAACUAUGCACUCACAGUUGUACAAUAUCAAAUGCUGUAGUUUCAGUGAAAAGUUUGAAAUUUUUGUCUUAUGAACUGGAGUGUUAGGAACCACAAGCACAAUAGUUGAAUUAAGAGAUUGUUUUAAACACUUGUUUACUCUGACUGGUUUCCCUUUAUUGCAUCUACCAUUUUGUAAACAGGAAGCUUAGUAGCCUUGCAUUCAAAGCAUUGCAAAAGACAGUUCAACUGAAUUUUCAGCCACCAGCUUAAUUUCAUAGCUACAACCUUAUCUCUAACCAUUUCAUGCUAUGAAAAUUGGGUUAAACUCCGGAGUUGUGAGUCAGAAAUGAUCGAAGAGGUUACAUAACCUUUCUUACCUCCCCUUGUUUUGUUUUCAGUCACCGAAAUGCUUGUGAAUAUUCUUAAUAUUUGCACUGAUGAAGAACUUGAAGGAGAGGAAGAUGAAGAACAAAGUGAAGCCAUCAAAAGGAAAGAAGUUAUACGCAGCAAAAUACGAGCCAUUGGUAAAAUGGCAAGAGUGUUCACUGUGCUCAGGUACUUUGUGAAACAAUUCUCUUUAGUGAAACACUUGGUUUACUUUUUGACCAAAUGUUCUCAACAGCUUUUAAAUUCGUAUAGGUAAUAUCAUGAUUCUGACUGCAAUGUGGUGUUGAUAAGUGCAAGUAGUGCUAAUUACACCAAAUUGCAUGAGAAAUCAUGUUAUUACUGGUUAAAAAUGUACAUGAAAAAACAUCACAGAAAGUUAAGACAAACGUGCCCACCAAUAUGUAAUAUGCACUCGUGUUACAACUUUGCACUCAUGUUACAUAAGAAUGCACACAUUUUCAGCCAAACAGAAGCACUUUUUUAUUUUCAUGUUUAUUAUUAAAAUAAUAAGAGAAUUCAUACGAUGUAUACUUGCAUUUCUCCUAUUGCUUAAUUUUUUUUUUUUUUUUUUUGGUUUGGUGCACUGUUUUGGAUCAUCUCCAAGGGACUAUUUUGUGGUUUAUGCAUUUUGAAAAAAUUGGCAGAAAUUGUAUUAGUUAAUUGUUUGCAAUGUGUAAUAGGGUGGUGGCAAACUGUCAGGGGAGUGGUAAAUGCAACUUGUGAUGGAUUUGAAUUCCAUCCAGGGGAUCCAGGGUUAAUCACUUUGUCCAUCUGAAACAAUGGAUUGAAGUAGUGGGUAUUUAUGAGCCUUCCAGUUCUAAGACUUACAUGUAAGAAGAUAGCUAUGCACUUUGUAGCUAUUCAUUUCUUGGUAUCUUGUAGCUCAUGUUAAUCAGCUGUAUUUGUGUUUUAGAGAGGAAAGUGAGAGUGUGGUGCAACUGAAAGGACUCACUCCUUCAGGACACUUGCCUGUUGGACUUCUGUCUGGUGGCAAACAAGGGCUUCAGAGUGGUAAGCUGUGUUAAAUUUUCUUCUUUAAAUUUGGUUCAAAUUUUUAACAUAACAUGUGCUGAACCUAAAAAAGCUCAUUUUUGAACCACAUACAUUGUUGUAGCUUUGAUAGUUUUAUAUUUGGGUUGAUCUGCUGCUUUGUCAAACUGGACUAUUUUAAUGGGACAGUUAUGAGUGAGCUGGACUUUUUAUGGUGUGAUGCGAAUGUGGGCAAUGUGUUGAUGUAUCAGCUAAUAUAAAAAGGUCUUUGACUGGCCAAAAAGACAAUCUAGAUGUAAGGUCUGUUGAGCUUUAACAUAUUCCAACUGAAUAUGUUAUCCUUAAGGAAAAAGGAUCACUCUGAAUGCAUGUUUACGAUGCCCCUGAGCAUUUUUUUCUUUUUUAUAAUCUUUUCUUUAGCUUUACAAGGGCAAGUAUUUAGCCCCAAUCACAAAAUCAGUGGCUUUGCUGAAGCCAAGGGACUUGACCAGGUGAAUGAAAGAAUGCCACCCAGGAAGGACUUACCAGUACAACCAGGGACAAAGUGAUACCACAGACAGACCAAACAUUCCCAAACCUUGGAGACUCAUCAUCAACCAUUAGUAUUGUAGUAUAAUAUUAUUAUUACCUAUGUGAAUAUCUGUAUAAAAUAGUAAAAUCUGCUUUACAAAAAGCUCACUAAUAAACAAUGUUUGGAUGUAAUAUUUAAGUAAAAUUUGUGUUGCAAUGAUGAAUAGGUUAGCCCCUUCCUUUUCUUGCUGGCAUUUUCUGGUAGGUUGGCUCAGCAUAGAAAGUGAUAAAGAACUAUGGAGCUCUGUUCUGUGGUAUUCCUGUCUUUUGGGAUGUCCCAGUGGCUAGUAUGUAAUCAUUUCUGCUCCAAUCAUUCAUACAAACUCCAAGGCUAUGAUUUCCUGGUAUAUAAUUAUACAGUGUAUAAAUCAUAUCUAUUAUAGGUAGGAUGUGGAGAUGACUUCGUUCAAUUUUGUUUUUUUAUUUCAUUUUAAGGUGGCUAUAUUUUCACCUACUCAGCCUAAAGACCAUAAUACUGAUUCUCUUCCCAGAUUUCUGUACAAAAACUAUCUCAUGCUGUAAGAAUUUGUGGUAAAUCAGACAAUAUCCCCUUGUUGCUUAUAAAAUAAGUUUGCCAUUAUAGUGUCCUAGAAUGUAAAAUUUAUUUAGAAAUUGUGGGUUUUGAUUGUAAUUUUUUGUAUUUAUAUGCUUUGAAAUUUGUCUUCUGGAAAGGAGAAUUUUUUCCACCACUAGUUUUAAAUCUUUACAAGGCAAUAUUCACAUGGCUGUUAUAUGGAAAAGAAAUGCUGCUCAUGGAGAUAUGUGUGACAGUAGUGGUGUGUGUGGCCCCCCUGUCCAUAAAGGGAGAAACUUUGUUUUGAUCUCAUAAGCCAGGUACCUCUAUCAACUCUUUAACUACCAAGAUCUGAUUGUCAAUUCUCCCUCCCAGCUGUAACAAGUUUCCUUGUGAAUAAGUUUUGAGAAUUUGGUGUUAGAUCAAGAGAACUUAACUUGGAGCCUGACAAAUUGGAGUAUUUUCAUUAUCUGUUUGUUAGGGUAUGUACAGAUAUUUUAGGGAGAGGUUACAUGUUCAUCAUCUCUGGGAAUUAAAAAGCUUAGUGACUAGUCAAGACUUUUAUUUAUGGAAAAUCCUCCAACAGUUUGCUACUCAGUUUCUUUGAUCACAUCGUCCAUAUAAUUUUGAGAUUUGUUGGAUACUUGUAUAAAAAAGAAAUGACACUUUGUUUCCAGAUAUAACCAUAAAUAAGUGAUUUCAGAGCUUAAAUUGAAAUCUCAAUCAUCUUCCCUGAAAUUAAGCUUCAAGACAGUAUGGAAACAGCUGCCCACUAUUUAGCAAAUACAAUUUUCCACGUCAAGUCCUCCUGUGUAUUAUGUUUUUAAUCGUGGAAGAGUAAAUAUGUUUUGUGAAUGUUAUGCCUGAUGGGAGACGAUCUAUGCUUGCUUAUAUAAAGCUUUAUGGCCCAAAAAAUAGUUGUAAUGGAAUUAUGUAAUGUAGGCGUAGACAUUUUAUUUAUGAUUUUAAAGCGAAGUAAAACUAUAAGUAACUGGUUUGAAUUAAAUAUCUUAUGAUGAAGAAAAUAUUGUUAUUACAUCCAUAAUUGAUUGUAUCUUUCUCUUGAUGUCAGAGGGCAAUGUCAGAAACUUCAUUUAAUCACGAUGGUAUCAGGAACGAACCGUCGAGGACCAUGAAGCGAGACACUGACAAAUGUCACGUUGUAUUUAAGCGAGCGAACUGAGUAAAAGCGGAACGA